AUGGCUAAAGAUUUUUUCUCCUUUGCCUUCUCUUGUGAAGAAGACUUGUCUGAUGUUCUUUGUGGAGGCCCUUGGGUUAUUGGGGAGACUUUGUUGCCUUUGAAGCGUUGGUCCCCUAAUCUGGAUCUGAAUGAUGGUAUUUUGGGUUUUGCCCCUGUUUGGGUUAGAUUGUCCGAUUUUCCCUUGGAGUUUUGGCAUGAGGAUGUAUUUAAGGGUUUGGCUAGCUCGUUUGGGGAACUUCUUUCUAUUGACUCAAUGAUGGCAGCUAGGAAAAGAAUGGUUUAUGUGCGGAUCUGUGUUUGUGUUAAUCAAAAUACUGAUCUCUCAUCCUCUGUGGAUAUCAUUUCUAGGUUGGGGAAAUGGACCCAGCCAACUGAGUUUGAGACUAUGCCUUCUGUUUGUUUUAAAUAUAAAAUAACUGGGCAUUGGGCUAAAAAAUAUCCUCUACAGAUUAAUAAAAUUGUUGGCCCCCGUAAAGCGAAUUCUGGAUACAACAAUGGUCUGCAUAAGCAGACUUGGAGAGAAAAAAUGUCAACGGUGGCUCAAAAUGAAGAUGGUAGUAUUGAGAUGGUCAAGAAUAUUGGGAACCUGAAGGAACCUACUUCUUCUAGUCUGGUUCAAUUAUAG